UGGACUAACAUCUGACGCCGAAAUGUGGUGGAGGUUUUUCAAUACCUCAAACAUGUACUUAAGUACAAUACUGCAGUAAAUGUAGGCUAUCCACCACCGGGUGUGUGUUGCUGUGCAGCCAUCGCACAACUGAAUUAUUUGUUUAGCUUGUUUAUUUCUUCAUGUUUGUGUGUUUGUGUCUCCCGGGACUCUGACAGACGCCACCAGCUCCUCAGACACCAGCGGGGAGAAACCACAGGCUGCCUUUGCGCAUGGUCAGUUUCACCCCCGUCCUCCCCCCACCCUCUCUCUCCCUCCCUCCCUCCCUCUCUCUCUCUCUCUGCAUCCUCCUCACACAUGAUCCAGCAGCAUCCAUCUCUCCGGAUGUCCACAGCCGUCUGAGUCCCGCCUGGUCGCGGCAUCAGCACCAGAUGUGUAGGGGAGGCUGGUUUGUCCUUUCUGGGCUCCUGUAGAAACACUACGGACUCUGUGGAAGAAGAUUUGCUCCGCCCAUGGAGAUAAAAGCUCAUUCAAAGUGAGGAUAAUGCAGAGUGGAGGGACUGGGAAGACAUGAGCGCUGGAUGGAGUCCUCUUCCAACGCCGUAGAGCUCCGGGAGCUGCGGGGCGGCGGAGCCCGGCGAAGCGUGUCUCCGACGCCGGCCUCAGCGCCCUGGACAGCGUCCACCGUGUGCUGCGCCACCCGAGGCUUCGAGAACGCAUCGUACCAGCAGGACGAGGAGCAUGACCACCAGCAGCAGGGGGCGACAGUGUCAGCAGGUUGCCCGCCGUCAUCUUCAGGCCCCAGCAAGGGGGAGCAGCAGCAACAGGAGCUCUCUCCACAGUCGUACGAUGAGGAGGAAGGAGGAGCAGGACAGGAGGACGGCCAGGACUUCACUGAGUUCAACCCGACUGAUGACCACUCUGCAGAUUACGGCUUCAUCUUUGCCCUGGUUUUCCUGGUGAGCGGGAUCGUCCUGGUGGUCAUCGCCUACACCAUCCCCAGAGAGGCCAAAGUCGACCCGGACUCCGUGUCAGCCCGCCAGAUGGAGAAGCUGGAGAUGUACUACGCCCAGCUUGGCUCCCACCUGGACAAGUGCAUCAUUGCAGGCCUGGGCCUGCUGACCCUCGGGGGGAUGUUCCUGUCUGUGCUGCUCAUGGUGUCCAUCUGCCGGGGCGAGAUGUACCGACGCCGGGCGGCCUUUGUUCGACCCAAGAGGACUUACGGCUCCAUCAACCUGAGGAUGAAGCAGCUGGCGACCGGAGAGGCAGGAGGAGGUGCCGGCGGAGAUGGAGGUGAGGAGUUUUUAGUGGAACAUGCAGACGAGAGGAACAACAUACAGCCAGAUCCUUGCCGGGAAUCCAAAACAGAACCAGGACCAAGGAGGCAUUCACCUCCAGCUGCCUCUUCCUCUUCAGCCACUGGACAUGGAGUUGACUAGCCGUACCUUUGCUAGGCGACUGAUUUGCCUUCCUCUGAGUGAGCACUCAGUUGCAAAAUGGGGAUGCAAAAUGGUGCAGGUCCCCCAUUUGUGCUGACAGGAGAAGCACAUGUUGAGCACAAGGCUCUCAGCCGGAGCGACCCAGCUUUAACCCAACAUUCUGGGAUGAACGUGAUCUAAGUUUAUGGGAUAUUUAUUCAAUCAUAAGGGAUGUAUUACUUAACAAAGGAGGGCUCGAUCCUAUAGAGGAAGGGAGGUAAGCCAAUGCAAGAGUGGAAAAGAGCACAUUAGGAGAUGAAUGGUUGUAUAUCAAAGAUUACAAUUCCAAUAUGAAUCCAUGGUAUGUUAAUCAGAGACUGAGUUUUACAACAAAGGGAAAGCACAUUGUGUCCGAUGGCUCUGGAGUUUGGUCUCCACUGCAGAAAGCAAAAUCACCACUUUAUUUAUUAAGUCCAGUGUUGAUGCUCAACAUUUAAACCUAUUCACAAUCACAGGAUUAACCUCAGCACAGACAGUAAAUGUCUGUCUUGACCUGUACAGUCACUGGACAGAAAACAGCAGUGUCUGACUGGACUGUCUAAAUAAAGUGUGAUGGGAAAGUGUGAUGAUGACCCCCCCACCCCCGCAAAUAAACAGAGGCAACACUUCUGAAAGUAGUAUUUCUAGUGGGACAUUUAAACCCAACAGCAACAGCAUCUGCAAUAACUGAACUGUACAGAAGAUGAAGCAUAGAAUCAUUUUAAAACUGAACCCCAGUUGUGUCACCACCCACCCUCAGCAACCUGCAGGAAACAAAAUGGUACAUUCAACUUAAACCUGCACUGAGCAAUAUUUUUGAUGGCUGAGUACGUGGAUCUGUGCAGACCACACAGAGACCACAGGUUUUAAUUUGGUUCUUCAUCCAACCGCUUCCUUUUAAUACUGUGACUUUACUGACUUUAAUCCCUAAAAAUUCAUCAAAAUAUUAUGUGUGCUUCUUGUAAAACUACUAUUAAUAUUACUCAAGAUUUCUCACUUGUAAUUGCUAAUGGUGGUGCUAAAGGUGCUUUCAGACAGCGAGCGGUAGCAGUUAUCAGCAUAUCAGCUUGAGAAGCCAUUUGCACGCUGCAGCGUUAGCAAAUUUUUUCAACUAAAAGAAGCUUCAGCGUGCUUGAAAAGUCACCAAAUGAAGCCACAUGCAAAUUUGUAUAAUUAAAUGCAUAUCAGAAUGUGUGUUGGUAAGAGAUUCUCUCUAAAGACGCCCAUAAAACCGACUCAAACUCUCUCAUGACUCCAGUCUCACAGAUAAAUUGUAUUAAAGGGUUUGUGUUUUAUGUCUAUGUUAUUAAGAGAAAAAAGAAUCGGCUGAUAUAUUGUUAUCAGAUGAGCAGCGAUAUUCGCAUUGGCGUCAAACAUCCAAAAUCAGUCAACUGCUAACUUAACUGUAGUGCACAAGAACAAAGUGAAGUAUGGAAUACAAGAGCAGCUUAUUCAUUAUUAGCUUGAUUUGUUGCUACAGAUAUCUUCAAAGUCACCAAACCUGGUGAGGUUGUUAAGCUACAGAGGUGCUGAAAGGUUCUGUUUUCUGAGUCUUUGCGCCCCCUUGUGGUAAAAAAAAAUCUCAAUGCAGCUUUAAUAUGUGACAAAAUAUUUAGCUGUUCUGAAAAUGCCUGAAUUUAAAGAACAAAAGUGCACAAUGAAAGUAGACUAUAAGGAAAUACAGUAAGAGAAAAUUAGAAAGGAACGAUGAGAGGAGACUGGAAGGUGCAGAACUGACAUGAGUCACUGUUAAGAGGCUGACUCACAUUACCCAGAAGACAUUGCACCAGCAGUCCAAGAGCUCCUCUACCCUCUCAAAUGUUUUGAUGUUGGUCAUCACAAAUAAUUUUGUUUUUGUCCUCCCCUUGAAGUUCUUUUGUAUUUUUUUCCUCCUCAACACAUCUGGGAUGAAAAAGAUUUUGUUGCAGCAUCAUGGUUGCAAAUUGAUUCUGUUUUAAUCACCGUGGAAACCAGAUGAAAUGAAUUGUUUUCAUCACAGAAAUGUUUUAACCAGGCUAAAUCAAUUCCUGAGCGACCACACUGGCUCAUGUAGCGAAUCACAGACAGCUGGAAAAUAUGACUAAUUUUGCAAGUGACACCACUAGACAAGAUAAUUAGUGAAGGGAAGACAGAGUUUAACACUUUCACUGCUGGAUGUAUUUACAAGCACAUGAAAUGUUUUUCUUCUCAUAUUCAUAACCCUGAACUCCCAGAGUACCGUGUCACAUGUCCAGUGUCUUCAGCUGCAUCCCCAAAAACUGUUGCCUCAUGUUUACUAAUCAGCAAUUUCUGCUGCAGAUAGACAGCCACUAUUAUCACCUUUAAAAUAAUAUUUACCUGACAUUUAAAGGUACUGAGUGUUUAGUGUAUAAAACUAGCCUUUGCUACAUGCUGUAAAAAGAAACCACACAAUCCCAGUUACAGUGACCUUCACUGAAGUUAAAUUCAAAAUGAACAAAAAACUAAAUUAUUCAGAAGUGUGCUUGAAAUAGCAAAGCAGUAAAUUGAAGGGGUCAGGGUGUCUUCUGAGUCCUAUUAUAUCUAUCUGACUGAAGCAGCUGGUUUUGACUGGAAUGAGCCUUUAACGAUGCAGCGCUUACUUAUUUGUAUUAUAUGUAAACAGACGAUAUUUAUGUGAUGUAAGGACACAAUAUGCCUUAAUGAACAAACACAGACACUGUUAAUUAAUUGUGUGUACGUAAAUAUUAUUAUGCUAAUGUAUCAAGGUCUGUGCAGUGAGGCAAUUAGCCAAGAGUAAUGUAGCUACACACACACACACACACACACACACACACACUCACACUAAAAUGUCCUCACAAGGCAGCGUGUGGCUCAAUAUUUGUGAGGACGUCUUGAGUCUUAUUGAUAUCCAGGCACGCUGGCAUACUUACCUUAAUUAGUAUGUCAGCUAUAGUGUGUCAGAUACAUUCUUAUUUCACAGUACAAAUAUACUGUAUAUACUGUAUACUACAUGUAGACGUGUCGGAUGUAGAGGACCAGCAAAAGCUAAAGUGCACAAACCAAAUACGCAGUGCAGGUAUGCAAAACAGGGGGACUUAAGUUGGACCAGUUUCUUCCUUUCUGUUAGCUGCUUCAUAACGUCAGCAGCCUGUUCACCACAGCUUGAUGAAAACAAACCAAACCAACAAGCAACAGCUGGACAGCUGAGCUUCAGUAAUGAACAUUCAGACUAAUUACAUGACAAACACUUUAUACCAUUUACAAACAAUUAUUUUCAUUAUUCUUUUAAUCUCGGGCUGCAGCCGGUGAUUGACUGCUGAUUGACUUACUAACUGAUACACUACGUAGUAGAGAUAUACACCAAGUAAAUCACAAACGUGAAUGAUGUCAUAAUUGAUGAUUAGAAAUGAACACCAAACGUCCCUGAAAUAUUCUGGAGAAAACGAACAGAUUACUUAAUCUCACCGUGAUUUAAUUUACUUCCUGGUCAUGUGUUCAAGACACCUGACAACCACAGUGUCCAUUAAAGACAUCAGAAAUACCACGAAGUCCACGGAGCUCAGUAGUGUUCUAUGAUCUCUGGUUACCCUUGUGUCAAAGACUGUCCUGUUUCUGGACAGCCACAGGUUUGGUCCCUGCUGCAGUGGGUCUCUGCCGAGGUGUCCUUGAGUAAAGAGGAGACGUUUCUGGGGCCACAUGGGGCCAGAUGUUUGGGCUCUUGUUUUGACUGGAUGUGUUUCGUGUUUGGAGAAAGUGCUGUGAUGUUCCAGUGUCAACGAGCGUAGAUGUCUUCUGAAUCUGUUUUACUCUGGGUUC